UCCCAAAAAGUGUUGUGUUUUUUUUGGAAAGGAAAAAAAAAGCAUGCAUGAUUUCCCCCCUUGAUGGAGGAAAAGAAAAAGAAAGCUCUGCAAGCCUGGGUUCUCUGCUUUAGAUGGAAGAGGCUGCAAGGAUCAGGGUGAGUGGGAGGCAAUGGGAGAGGAGGAAAGGUGGAUCUGAUGGAGGGAUGCUGCAUCUGUUCAUUUUGGGGCGAGGAAAGAAGCAGAAGGGGCAACCACAAGCAGAAAAGUGGCUAGUAAGGCAGAGAAACUCCUCAUCUGGAUCAAAGGCAAUAAAACCUUCCCAAAAGGCUCCCAAGUAAUUGGAGAAGAACCUGGAAACCAUCUAGAACUACAAGACUCAUCACCAUUCCUCACUUCUAGCUAGAGAUGAUGGGAGCUGCAGUCCACAAACAUCCAGUUCUCCAGGCAGACGGUUCUGUGCAGCUGCAGUGGUAUCUAGAAUUUUCCACCGUGUGAGGCUGUUGUUGAGAGACAUUGUCCAAGGAUGGAAAUGGAGGCGCGAGACCCUACAAGUCAUAUUCCAGAGCAAGUAUCAGAAGAAAUGAGAGGAAGCCAUCAGGUCCUCAGUGUUGGGACUGUGGAAGAAAUCCUGAAAAGGAGACCUGCAGAGGUUAAACAGGAACCAGAUGAAGGCUCGCUUCAGCAAUGGGAAGCCCAAUGGCAGGACUUCCUGAAGACUGUGGAAGGCCCUCGCUCAACCUGGGGGACCCCCAAGUCGACGGAAGAGCCGUGGGAUGAUGCACAAGCUUUCUUAGCCUCCUUUGAGCAAGUGGCUGAAGCCUGCCGGUGGCCCAAGCAAGAGUGGGUGGCCCGACUUCUGCCAGCUUUGAGUGGAGAGGCCAAGCAGGCCUUUGUCAGCCUGGAGGUCAAAGGCAGGGAAGAUUAUGAGAAAGUGAAGGCAGCCAUCUUGCACGGGGACGCCAUCAGGCGGGAGGAGCAGCGGCAACAUUUCCGGUGUUUUCGUUACCGGGAGGCCGAGGGGCCGAGAGGGGCUUAUGGCCGGCUUCAGGAACUUUGUUGCCGGUGGCUGAAAGUUGAAAGGCAUUCUAAGGAGCAGAUCCUGGAACUCUUGAUCCUGGAGCAGUUCCUGGCCAUCCUGCCACCAGAAAUAGAGACCUGGGUCAAAGGAUGUGAGCCAGAAACUUGCUCCCAGGCUGUGGCUUUGGCCGAGGACUUCCUUCUGAAGCAGCAAGAGGCCAUGAGGCAGGCAAACCAGGUGACGUUAGAGGGAGAGAAGAUGCUGAGUUCGUCUGACAUAGGCCAAGCCUUGCCGGACAUUGAGCAGAAGCAGCUCUGCACAGAGACUAAACAAGAAAACGACGAAAGUGAUGUUGGCCUCUUUGGUGAUGAGUGGAGAAGUGAAAAUGAGGGGCAACUGGGCGAGGAUUUGUCAGAAAGAACAGAGUAUGAAGAGCUGAAGGAUAAAGUUUGGAGCCAAGAUGGGUCUGUGAACCAAGAGGGAAACCACACGGAGGAGCAGAAAGCCCCAUCUUUCCCUUUUCAGGUUGGCAACUUCCACGAAAUCUCAGUCCAACAAGAAAAUGGGAAAGAAAAGAAUGAGGUUGCUUUACCCAGUAUUCAUUGGAGAAUCCAUCCCGAGGAAGAACCAAGCAAAAGUUUAAUGUUCACAAAGAGCCUCAGCCAGAGUGGAAACCUUGCAGAAUGUGAACUGCUCCACAAGGGGACCAGCUCACACAUAUAUCUGGAGUGUGGAAAGAACUUUACUCCUAGUACAGCUCUUAAACCAUAUCAAAGUAUUUGUGCAGAUGACAGGCAGUAUGCAUGUUCGGAUCUGAGCAAAGCGAAGCAUCCAAAAAUCCAAAGAAGGGAGAAGCUUUAUAAAUGUUUGGAGUGUGGGAAGUGCUUUGGCCGAAGUGCACACCUUACUUCACACCAGAUCAUUCACACGGGAGAGAAGCCAUACCAGUGCUUAGAGUGUGGGAAAAGCUUUGUCCAGAGUGCUCACCUCACGUCGCAUCAAAUAAUCCACACUGGGGAGAAGCCAUACCAAUGUUCUGAGUGUGGAAAGAGCUUCAACAAGAGUACUAACUUCCUUAGACAUCAAAAGAUUCAUAAGGGGGAGAAACCUCACCGAUGCUCAGAUUGUAGCAAGACCUUCUCUGACAAGCCAAGCCUUAUUCAACAUCAAAGAGUUCACACAGGGGAGAAGCCAUAUACAUGUAUGGAAUGUGGAAAGAGCUUCAGUCACAGAGGAAGUCUUAGCGCACAUCAAAGAAUGCACACAGGGGAGAGGCCAUAUACAUGCUCUGAAUGUAGCAAGAGCUUCCGCGAUCAAUCCAGCCUUAUCAGACAUAAGAGGAUCCACACUGGGGAGAAACCGUACACAUGCUCCGAAUGCGGAAAGAGCUUCAGCCAGAGCACCAAUCUGACUUUACAUCAGAGAAUCCAUGCUGAGGGGAAACUUUCACAUGAACCUCAGCAUGUGCUUAAUGCUGGGAUGGCUGUGUUAGUCUUUUCAGCAAAUCCAACAAAAAGUUUAAUGGCAUCUUAAAAACAGAUAUAUAUCUUAUGCUGUAAGAUACCUUAGACUUCAGCUCCCUUUCUCACAUGCUUACACUUUGGUCAACAGAUUUCACUUCAAGGACUCUACAUUUCUAUGCUUACAAUAGUUAAAAAAAAGAAUCAAAACAGUUGCUUCAUUCCCUCCAGACCUUUCUGUCUACUUUCUGUCCUUGUGUGUCUGUGGCUUUGAGUGUGUGUUUUUAGCGAGAUGAUUUGAAUAAUUUAAUUGUAAUUUUAUUAGUGUAUGUCAGUGGUAUGUGUAAAAAAAUAAUAAAAUUAUAUAAAGAUGUGUGACAUGUGAGAUAGUGACUGAGCUGAAGCAUAUUUUGAAAUAUGCAUGAGUACUGUAUAUUCACAGAGGAGAAGCAAGUGGAUGCUACAACAAAAUGUUGCAAGCAUACUCCAUUUCUUUCCCCCACCAACAGUUAGUAUUCUGUGCCUACUGAGCAUGUUCAGUCCUCAUUGGGCUGUUUUUGUUGUCAUGGAGAGAGAUUUCCUUGUAUUUAUUUUUUCUUUUCAGAGGGCAUGAUUCUAUGAUUACUUCUCCAAUCAUAAUAGUUGUGCUGGAUCAAACCAAAGGUCUCACUAGUCUAGCAUUGUAUUCUCACAAAGUCCUACCUUUUGCCACCAGCAAGGCCUCUUUGACACUGUACAACUAUAGCACUCUGAUACCAUUGAAUCUACCAUUGUACCAUCUCAUAGAAUCAUAGGACUGGUAGUUUUGUGAGGUAAUUUAAAAUUCUUUGGGAGAGAAUGCUAGUGCCUCAACAAAGUAAAAAAGGAUCUAAGAGUUCUAGUAAACCACAAGUUGAACAUGAGUCAGAAGUGUGAUGCUGCAGCUAAAAAGGCCAAUGGAAUUCUAGGCUGCAUCAAUAGAAGUAUAGUGUCUAGAGAUCAAG